UUUUUUUGCAGGAAACGCAAUAAGUGCCGGAAGAACUUUUUUUUGUAAAAUCAGGAAAACCAUUUAUUUUUCUGUUGAUCGCGUUGUCGAAAGUGAAAACGUCGGCUUUUUGUAGAGAGUGAUGCCGAAGAAAGCAUGAUGGCAACUGUGGUCGGCAAGUUUCCCGUUGGAUCGCUUCUGACGGGGCGUGAGUGAAAAAGAAAAAAAAAAAAGCGCGUACAGGAAUGUGAAAACAAUCGGAUUGUGGAGGACACUUGUCGAGAAGGAGACGUUUUGAAGAGGUUGGAAUCCUCAGCAGCUUGUAUAUUUGCUGCUGGCUGAGUUCUCAAGAUGGGCUGCUCCCCGUGUAUCAACGUGAACCUCAUUCCUCUGAAGGUCCUCAUCUUUUCUUUCUACGGAGGUCUGGGAUGCGUUUUACCGUUUCUGACGAUACACAUGAAAAGUCUCGGGUUCAACGUCCAGGAGACAGCGUUCAUCAACUUCGUCUUGCCGUUCUUGUGCCUUCUGGGACCACCGAUUGCUGGGGUAAUCGCAGACAAGAUUGGCAGGUACAAGCCGGUGAUGGUGUGUUGCCUAAUCAUGACUGCACUCGCCUACGCUGGCCUGCUCUUCGUGCCGGAGACCCAGAGGCUCUCGCCGCGACCGCCAGAGCUCAGUUUCACUUGUUCCCGGGACGCCGGCGCCCUGGUGGCGGAGCGCUGCUCGGACACCGAAGCCUGCAUCCACAAGGACGACAACAGAGUCAUCGAAGUCGCCGUUCGCGACUGCGUCGUCAAGUGCCCCAACGCCACCUUGCGUCGCAGUGUCGGCACUAAGGACUCGUAUGCGCUCAUGCUGUCCGACGCCGGGCCGAGGAGUUUGGAGUCCAAGGCCGACAUCUCUCCGAACUUGUGUUCCGUGGACGCCUCUGGAAAGGUAAGUCCUGUUACCUUGUGUGCUCCGGCACAACUCACCGCACCUUCACUUGCCGCAGCUGUGCUUGCCGCACCAACAGUUGCCGCUGUCAUCACUCGCCGCUGUCAUCACUUGCCGCUGUGA